GAACACGACCCGUUCAGAACGAGUUUAGAGCGUGUCGCGUGUGGAGGUGUACAAAUAGAUUGGUGCGUGCUAUUGCAGUGAUCGCGAACGAGGUUGCACAGAAUUGGCAGUGGAAACUUUUCAUUUGUUUGUACCCACGGUGCGGAUACGUUACGGCAGACGCAUAGCCUGCGAGCAAAAAACUUAUUAAUUUCAAAUUUAUGUACAACGUAUAUGCAGACGCGUGCACCAUUUGCAAUAAAUAUUAUUAAAGUAUAAGGAUAAAUGCUUCAAAGUGCGUAAAAUUGUGUAAAAUACAUAUACAUAUACACACUAUUUGCCGACAUUUGCAUGGAAACCAAAAAAGUGUCAGCAAUUAAAUGUGAAAUUUCUUGUAACUGCUGUUGUCGGGCAUGUUGUAAAAAGCCUCUCAUACCAUUAGUGACCAUUGAGCCGAAGAAAGUUUUUAUGGAACGGACGUUUUGAAAGAAAAGAAUAAUUAAAAAGCGAGAAAAAUAAAUUGGGUGAUUUUAUUUGAAUAUUUAUUAAGUCGGCACAGCAAAACGAGCUAAUUUAUUUGUAAUUUAUUUAUAAAAAUAAUUAAAGCCCGAAAGUUGACCAAAAGAGAAGGCGUAAAAUUUGUGUGCAUUUAAACAACCAGCGCUAGAGGACCAGAGAUUCAAUAUAUUCAUCACUUUGCAAAAUUUAGAUAGUCAAAAAAGCAAACUCUUUUGAAAAGAUGUCGAAACUGUGGUCCGCGCUUUCACGUCGAAAAACAGAUGAUGUUGUCGAGAGCGAGUCCCAAUUGGCGCGUGUACUCAAUCUUUUCGAUCUAACAGCGCUGGGUGUCGGCAGUACACUCGGUCUGGGCGUAUAUGUGCUCGCCGGUUCGGUUGCCUACAGUACCGCUGGGCCUGCUGUGACAAUAUCCUUUCUUAUAGCUGCGAUUGCAUCGGCAUUCGCCGGUAUUUGUUAUGCUGAGUUCGCAGCACGUGUACCAAAAGCGGGCUCUGCUUAUGUUUACAGUUAUGUAACUGUUGGUGAAUUUGUCGCUUUCACGAUAGGCUGGAACUUGAUAUUGGAAUAUGUGAUUGGCACAGCGAGUGUGGCACGCGGUCUGAGCGGCUAUUUUGAUGCGCUGAUAAAUAACUCCAUGUCGCAGUCAUUGCAGGAGGCAAUGCCCAUGCAUGUCGAUUUCUUAGCAACAUAUCCUGAUUUUUUGGCCUUCGGUGUGAUCUUACUUUUGGCAGCGCUGCUUGGUUUCGGUGUUAAGGAGUCAAGUUUUCUGAAUAAUAUCUUCACAACUGUGAAUUUGCUCACCAUUGGUGUUAUGCUAGUCGCUGGCGCCAUUAAUGCGAAUCCUGAUAAUUGGACUAUAGCCAACGAGAAUGUGCCGGAGAACGCUGGCACCGGUGGUUUUAUGCCAUUUGGUAUUGCUGGCGUUAUGGCUGGUGCCGCGAAAUGCUUCUACGGUUUUGUUGGUUUCGAUUGUAUAGCCACAACGGGUGAGGAAGCUAUAAAUCCCAAGCGCAAUAUUCCACUCGCUAUCGUUAUCUCGUUGAUCAUCAUAUUCCUUUCAUACUUUGGCAUUUCUACUGUGCUGACGAUGAUGGUGCCUUAUUUCGAAUUGGAUAAGGAUGCACCAUUCCCAAAAGCUUUUGAUAACAUCGGCUGGUAUACCAUCAAAUGGGUUGUUACCAUCGGCGCAGUUUUUGCAUUGACCACCAGUUUGUUGGGCGCUAUGUUCCCACUGCCACGUAUUCUCUAUGCCAUGGGAAAUGAUGGCAUACUUUUCAAGUCAUUCUCCAAAGUACACAACUACACACAGACACCGUUGCUGGCGACCCUUUUGUCUGGCUUAUUUGCUGGUGUAAUGGCGCUUAUUUUCGAUCUCGAUCAGCUGAUCGAUAUGAUGUCCAUUGGCACACUACUCGCCUACACUAUUGUCGCAAUUUGUGUACUCGUAUUGCGUUAUCAAGAUGAUGAUAUGGAUAUGAAGACAGUCUCCGUACGAUGUCCCAAGGUUAUACGUCAAUUCAUCAAUGGCAAUUCCUAUCGUGAACCGAAUGUACUUACAUCAGGCAUUACAAAAAUUGGUAUUGUUGUAUUCGCUGUUAUUUGCAUUCUCUGGGAUACAAUUGAGCAUUUCUAUCCAUUGAAUACAACCGCUGGCGGUGUGGCACUAGGUUUGAUUGGUGUAAUACUGAUAUUGAUCACCAUCGUUAUUGCCAUGCAACCUGUGUCGAGAAUCGAAUUAACUUUCAAAGUACCACUAGUGCCGUUCAUACCCUGUCUGAGUGUAUUCGUGAAUGUUUAUUUAAUGUUCCAAUUGGAUCAGCAUACCUGGAUACGUUUCCUCGUAUGGGUGUGCAUUGGGUAUUUGAUUUAUUUUAUCUACGGUCUGCGCAAUUCCACACAGGUGAGCAGAAAUCGUAAUCAUGCCGAGGCGGCUAUGCGCAUGCAACACACCAAUCAAGCAUUCGAGCCGGACUGGAAGGUGGAGAAUGGUGUUAACGGUGUUAAUGGUGCUAAUGGUGUUAAUGGUGGUGUUAACGGUAUUGUUGAGAAACAAUAAAAGUGCGUUGAUCAUUUAUGCAGAAUUUGAAACGUGUGAAUUGUGUAUAAUUUGCACCGAUUUAAUUUUUUUUUUGUAAUUAAAUUUUAUUUUACUACCAAAUGGCAACUCUAAAAGUUUUU